AUGAAGAAGAGCUCUACGUUAACGACGACGACGUCGAUGCCGACAAGUCCAACGCUUUCGGCACAGACGCUCUCCGCCAGCAAGAUGAGCUUGAGCAGCAGCAGAUCGGGAGCAGCCUCAGCCACAGGAUCGAUGCGCUCUUCCUGCCACUCGUCGCAUGGUCCUGUCCGACCGGGCAGCGGAUGCGUCGAUGCCAUCAAGGCGAAGCGCGAAGAGAUCGAGAUCGAUACCAUACUCGAGAAGGCAAAGUUCUACACCUCCGUGUGCCUUGGUACGACUGCCAUACUGUCAGUGUUCACAUUCCUUUUCCUGAUACCUUUUGUCGUGGAUCCCGCCAUCUCAACGAUCAUUGCCGACUAUGAUCCGGUGCCGGUGACUUGCGUCGUCAUAGAUCACAUCUAUGCCGAAGGCAUCAAGAACUGCAGCUGGAGCUCUUGUCGCGAGGGCUGCACCUCAUCACUCACAAAGUGCCAUCAGUUGUUUGUCAACUACACGCGCAUCCCGUUCAGCGAAUGGGAGCGCAAUCCAAGAGACUUGGAGCGCGUCAACUGGGAUGUCAGCUACACAAAGUUUCUCAUCAACUCCGAGGGCUGCGGCUAUCCGCCCACGACCAAUUGCAGCGUCUUUGCCAGACAAUAUGGCUUUUCACAUAUUGGCGAGCCAUUCCCCUGCUACUACAGUCGCGCCUAUCCGGAGGUGGUCAUCGGUCGCUACUCGUGGGAGAACAAUCUGUACCAUCUGGUGCUAUCGCUGAUCAUACCCAAUGUGCUCUUUGCCAUCUCGAUUGGGGUGCUCAGCUAUUGGUAUUGCCCCUGCUGCGAAAAGGCGUGCAACAAAUCGUCGCGCGUCUAUGCUGAAAAGUUUCCAACCAAGGAAGAGAUCGUUAACUGCAUGAAAUGUAAUACGGAAAAGUCGUUAUCCCUGAAUGUAUUUUGAAUUGUAUUGAAGCGACAGUGCCUGCAAAUUAUGCAUAUACUAUAUAAUACAGAUAAAUAUUCCUUAGCAUAGGUAUUCGAUGGGAUUACCAAGCUCUCUUCUUCUUCUUCGACAUUAAUUAUUAAAGUCAUCGAAAAAUGUGGCACAAUCAAAAAAUCGCUUAGUACUAAGUACAAAUCUUUAUCUUGAGCACUUUUCACCACACUCUCCCAAAUAUAUAUAUUUGCCCGUUACUCUUGAAGUGUCCUUAGCAAACAAAAUAAAAAAUAAAUAAAAAACAUAAAAUGUCGUAAGCGAAAUUUCACGCCUUUAACCGAUUUCAGCUUAAAGCUGCCAUAUCGAUUAGAUUAAUCUAGUUAGAGCACAAGUCGGGAUCGAAAAUGACGAAACCCAUUUUUGAAAUGUCCAAACAGACUUUUCAACAAGCACAAUCUGAUAUUAAUUAAUGCAUUCAAGAUUUGAUAAGCAACUACAAUAUUUUUAAAGAUUAUUAACCUUACAAAACUUUAAUCUCUCUUUGGUGUAUAUAACAUAAAUAUAUACAACAUAUGAAAUUGUGCACUUGUCUGUGGGAUAAAUCUACUCGUAUAUAAUUUUCACAUCACCAUCGCUCAGUUCAUUUUGUAGUUAAACCUAUUCUCAUCAACAAAGCUGCAAACUACAAACAAAUAAAAUAGAAUAAAAAUUCAAAAAUAAGAGUUUGCAGCCUUGAUAUGUUAUGUACUAUAGAUUGAUUUAAUUAUCGAAAAUAUCUAGCAUGAUUCCGAGUUGUAUAGCUUUGAUUUUUGCAUGUUUUAGUUUAUAGAUAAUGUAUACAAAAUGAAUAUGUAUUACUACUACUUUUGCUUUUAGCCACGUUUAGAACAAUACCAAAUAAAAUAUGGCAUGUAUUUGUAUAUAAAACAUAUUCAAUAUAUUGUAUUACUUAUUGCUGCUUUCCUGUACUCGAUUAGUAAAGAUUCAAGAACUCUUUGUUCCAAUAUCAAUUCUUUUAGCAAACUUCUGUGUCACAGUGACGAAGAUGAUGAAAUGGAAUACUAGCAAAAACAAAUUAGUUAAACGCUCUUUAUAACAAAUAGCAAUUUACUACUGUAGUCUGUACCAAAUACACACACACACACAACCACACUCACACAAUCACACCAACGUAUACACAACAUAGCUUAAUAAUACUUAAUAAUAAUAUUUAAAAGCCAUCUGCCAUUACUAUAUAGGACAUUGUACUUAUAGCGGAGCAUUGAGAUUGACCAUUUUCCAAUCAAACGUAUACAAAAAUUUGUUACAACUAAUUCUAAUUAUUAUUAUUACUUAUGACAUCAUUGAGAUUUUUGCUAUCCAUAUUAUUAUGCUACUAUACUUACUAUAAAUAUAUAGAACUACAUACAUAGAACUUGAGUUACCACGUAAAAAGCUUUUGUUCUUUAUGACUUUUGCUCGCUUUUAACAAUAAUACAAUACAAAUAAAAAAAAUAAGACAGGAUUCGACUCGAUUCGAUGCUCCGCAAUUGCCCACAUUAUACAUAAAUAUAGAGAGAGCAUUAUGAAAGUAUAAAAUGAAAAUUCCUCGACCUUUCCACACAUAAUACUGAUACAACCAAAUAAUGCUUGUUUUCAAAAAAUUGUGAUAGUAGUCAUAAACAAAAUAUUAAGUAAUGAAAUCAAACAAAAUUAUAUAAAAUCUAGACAUACAAUGAACACGGAAGCGACAAAAAAAAAACAAAACCGCAUCUGCGGAUCAGAGAGAUAUAUAUAGUAUACAAAAUAGUUAGCAAAACCGAUUCGUAUAAAACCGCAUAACUCUCUGAUCCGUAGGUCAAAGAACUCGAAAACUUUUGAAAACCACAACAAAGCAGAACCAAGAAUUAAUAUAAAAACUAAACCUAAAAAAACCAACACAAAAUAAAAAUUGGAAACCAAUGAAAAUAUUGAAAAUAAUAUUCACUAAAAUACGAAAAAAAAUACACUUUGCGACAUUUUCGAAAUAGUUUUAAAAAUCUUAUGUAAAAAAUGAACAUUUAAUGGAUUAAACAUAACAAGUAUAUACAUAAAAUAUAUGCCACAUUUACACACAUAUCUAUCCCGAUAUAUGGGUUAUACAUAUGUAUAUAUGUAGUAGAUAUUUGUGUAAAUAGGGCAUAUAUAGCUUAAUAGCAGAACCGAUAUAACGCACGUUGCUUAUGAGAAUUUUUUUAAAUCAUACAAACCAACAACAAAAUAUUUGAAUGCAAAAAUGAUUAAAACAUUUUUUACUUAACGUGUCUUUAUCAAUAAACAAAUUUAACAAGCUAACGGCCUAAUUAAUAAUAAACAAUUACACUAAAAAAAAAAAAAAAAAAAAGAAAGCAAAAGAGAAAAACAAAUUGAGAGUUGUCUUGUAUUUUCAUUUGUAUGGGAGAAGGAAAAGCUCUGCUGCUGCUCUCCCGCUUACUCAAUCGAGUUCUCUCUCACUCUCUCACAGCGCAGGCGUGGAGAGCGAGAGAGGGGGAGUGGAGUGCAAGUGGGAGUGAGAGCGAUAACAAUUUGUUGAGCCAGCCAGCUCCCCAAAAACAAAACUGAACCAAAAGGAAAAAGAAAACCAACGCGUUGGGGUUUGUUUUGGGUUUUGGCUUUGGGCCAUUUUUACUUUCGCUUUCUCGGAAAGUAAAAGUGCGCAGUGCAGAGAAAUUCAAUUCGAAUCCUUCUGAC